AUGCUCAAGCUCGAUGAGAUAUGGAAUGACGCCAUGACCGUCAAGCAAUCCUGGGAGAAUGCCUCCGCAAGCAUCAAGCCGAGUCGUAAUGACCUUGAAGACAUCACUUUUGAAACUGGCCAUUAUCACGAACUGCUCUUCCGCGAUGUCGCAGUGUGGAUGCAGAUGAUCUUCUAUUUGAUUGUUGUUUGCUCCACACUUUUGCACAUCUCUCGUCGAGGUUGCCUUUGGGUCAUGAUGUCGACCCAAGAUAUUGUUCGCCGUGGGCUUGGAACUUCCAAUUCCCCUGCUCUACAAGAGUUCAGGGACGUCCCAACCAUGCAGGAACACUUCAAUCUCGACACGGCAUAUACCAUUCACGCAUCUUGCCCUGCAUGCCAUCAUACACAUCGACCGGAGGGCGAGGGCCCGGGAAUGAUAUAUCCUUCGAUUUGUGUGAAACGGGACAGGCAAGGUCGCAAAUGCAACACGCCCUUGCUGCAACCACGACAUGCCUACGGUCGUGAAACCACGGUACCUAUCCGACCCUUCAUCGAAUUCCACUUCGUCGACUGGUUGGCUCGCUUCCUCGCUCAUCCCGGCAACGAGAAGAAAAUGGACAAAAGCUGGGAUCGCCUGAACGCGGAACCCGUCACCUCACGGACGUUCUGGACGGCUCCUUUGUCCGAAACUUCAAGGGCCCUGACAAGGCACAUCACUUCAGUGUUCCCUCGAAAGAUUUCGGGGUUUGCGAGUGCGUCGCACACGCAUUUCUGUACUGUCUGCAAGUGCACCCGUGAUACUGUUGAAGAGCGCAAGGCAGCGCAGGGAGACAAGGCCGCCAACCAAUACACUGGUCGUGGAGUGGGUAACAAUGACAUCCGAGUUGACGACUGGCCUUUGAGGAUGGACGGAGAAUGGCAAGCUGCGGCCCAGGCGUAUCGGAACGCGGCUCAUCCCACUCAGGCGCAGGCCUGUUUCAAUAGUAGCGGGGUCCGCACUUCGGAGUUCCUCCGAUUGCCAUACUUCGAGCCGACGAAGAUGAUUGUGGUCGACCCUAUGCACAAUCUUUUCCUCGGUCUCCUUCACGAGACUUUCCGUAGAGUCCUCGGGUUCUCGGAAAAAGCCAACGAUGGCCCCGCCGUGCACAGACUAUCGAUAUCUCUCAGUCCCACCGACUUCCUGAUCUCUGAGAAGGACGCAGGCCAAGUACAGGAUGCGAUUCGUUUUCUUGAGACGAUCUCGAAUGCCGAGCUGGAAUACGAUGACGACGAAGCCGAGCUGCAUAGAAAGUUGAUUAACUUAUCAAAGUCUGCGCUUGUGCAUGUGGCCCGAGGUCUAGGCUGUCCUACAGAGCGUGAAGUACCUGCCUUACUUAACUCUCUACAUCAAUCGUCAAAGAAAGCUCUUUCAAAAGCGAAACUUGUUGACGAGCUCAUCAGCUGGCGCCGCAAGCAGGUAGAGACUGUGCCCAGUAGGGAUGAUGGUCGACUCGAAAUCGGCCAUGUCAUCACCAAAGGAGAGAUGAAAGCACUUUGGGCAGACAUCGCUGCCAUGCACACACCGUCUUGGGUGUCAUCAGUGCCUCGCAACUAUGGAUCCGCACAACACGGGAAGCUGAAGGCAGAUCAAUGGCGAGCAUUGGCUAUGGUGUAUAUCCCGGUAACUCUCAUACGACUAUGGUCCGAUUCGACGUUGCAACGUCAGGGGCUCUUGGACAUGACCAUGCAUUUAAUUGCUGCCGUGGAUCUGGCUUCUUCGCGAAAAAUGAUACAAGGAAACGACGCAAAAGUACAAAAUCAUCUGCUCAAGUAUCGAACCGCACUCCACGCUUGUUUCCCCGAGUACACGGCUCAUCCCAACCACCAUCUUGCUCUACACAUCCCCCAUUUCUUGCGUUUGUUUGGACCCGUGCAUGGAUGGUGGGCGUAUCCGUUCGAACGAAUGAAUGGCAAGAUGCUUAGGAUCAAGACCAACUACAAACCUGGUGCGACCACUUUUGAUGUCAUGAAGACGGUAUCAACAGAUGGCCAACGUCUAUCGAUUGGAGAGUAG